GAACACCGAUGGAACCGAGCACCCAGCGGACUGAGCACCGAGGGAACCCAGCACCGCGGGGACCGAGUACACCAGGUACUAAGCACCGGCCACCCCGUAGACCGAGCACCUAGCACUGCGGGGACUCAGCACCGAGCACCUAGCGGACUGAGCACCGAGCACCCCGGGUACUAAGCACUGAACACCGCGGGGACCGAGCACCGCCGGGACCGAGCACCCCAGGUGCUUUGCCCAUGACAUCAUCCACAGCCUCCAAGCACGUGACCCCAGUGAUGUCAAAUAUCCCCGGUGAUUGACAGGAGGCGGGACUGCGCCAUGGCCCCUUCCUGUCUGCACCAGAGACCGCCCACGAUGACGUCAUAGGGCUUCACUGUCAAUCAAGCCCCCAGCUGUCAAUCACCCUGUGCCCUGCCCACUUCCCCAUUUCCAGCUGUCCAUCACCCGCCUGUCAAUCACUCAGUUCCUCUCCCAGAAUAGGAAGUGCAGUCGAUGGCGACCUGGUGACCGCCCGGCCCAGCCCACCCCACGAGGCCCCGCCCCUAGCCGCCAUGUUGCUCUUGCUCUUCCCUGCCCUGACCCUCGCUUCUCUACCCACGGAGGCGGGACUUCAGGUUGACUCCAAGCUGAAAUGGCCCCACCCAGAAACGGACGGUCCCGCACCGGAAGUCCCGCCCCCUCCCACGCCCUCUGCCCUGAACCUGACCUUCGACCCUGGCACCUGGACGCUGACCUGGCUCUGCUCCCAUGACAUCAUGGUGACGUCAUGCUACGUGAACUUCACCCUGCAUGGGAGGCCUACGAGGCGCAGGAUGCAGAAUACACUUGGGUGCCGCUGCCAGUUCAGGGCCCUGACCCUGCACCUCGGGGUCACUCUGGGGGUCAACGCCACCACGGGCAACGUCACCAUCCACGAGAGACUGGACUACAUCUUCCCCGGGCCCCCAGGGUCCGAGGCUGUCAACGUCUCCUGCGAGAUCCAUGACGCUGCUGCCAUGACGUGCACCUGGGAGGCAGGGCCUGCUGCACCUCCAGACGCUCGCUACUUCCUGGUCCUGCGCAACACCACGGGCCACAAGCUGCCCGGAUGUCCCAGCGGCCCCGCCCUCUCUGGCUGCCGCAUCAAUGACCUCACAGGGUUGCCGGACCGGCUUCACGUGACCGUGGCCGGAUGGAGCCAGUCGGGCGGCGCCUUGAGGGCCUAUGACGUCAUCCUGAAUACCAAGGCCAUCGAACGUCUGUCCCCGCCCAGCAACAUCACGGGAAGCUGCAAUGCCUCGCACUGCGCUGUCUCCUGGGUUCCACCCCGCACCUGGGCCACUAUGGGCUUCGCUGACUUCCGCUACGAGCUCGACCUGCGCCGAACAGACAUGGACCCGGACCCGGACCUGGACACCACGGUCACCGUCUCCAGCCGCCCCGAAAACCGGUUCGAGUUCCCAAGCCCGGAGCCUCGGGAGGGUCACGUGGUCAGGGUGCGUGUGGGCGACGUGCGCAGCAAGCGGUGGAGUGUCUGGAGCCCACCAGUGAAGUUCGGCGCUGACCGCCCCAUCGUCCCCCGCCUGCCUGUCUACAUAAUCGCGAUGGGUGUGACCCUGACCUGUGUCCUGGGCUUGGCGCUUGCCUGGAGGAGGUUCAUCUGGCACCGCCUCCUCCCCCGCAUCCCCGACAUCCAGGACAAAGUCAGCGACAAUGCUUUGGUCAAUCCCCAGACCCUCAGGAAGGACCUGGCCGCGUAGGAAGUCCCACCCCCGGGGACCCGGAACACAGAUGAAGCCCCAUUCCUGCCGAUCUGGAAGUGAACCGAACCCAGAGAUGUUGACCUGGAAGUGAUUCAUUCUUCCUGGUGUUUUUAUUAAGAAAUAAACCCGAGCCUGGCAAUGAUGUCCCUGUCAUGUGUGAAAUCACCUGUCAGUCACCCCCGGGGAGGCGGGACUUCCGGGAUCUGUACACUCUGCUCUGGAUUCCUAGAAAGAGGAAAAAAAGUCCAUAAUGUCAUCAGCACCUCCACUGUCAAUCACACCGAAGCCCAACCCGUGGGAUGAACUGAUUAACUCCAGAAGUCCCGCCUCCUGCCCAGUGACUGACUCCCCGCAGUCCCCAUGAUCACCAUGACCAGUUGCCCACCACUCUCAGACCCAGGAUUCCAGGGAACUUCCGGCAGAGGUGGCCCACAUGGCUGUCAGUCACUCCGCACUUCCUGUGGGGGUGCUGGUGAUGUCAUCCCAAGUCAGUGACAUCUGCACGACCCCCUUCUCAGACCCGAGCUCCCCUGGCUCACUCCCAGCAUGCCUUCCAACCCUUCCCCCCCCAUAAUGACGUCACCCCGGCUCUGACCACACCCCCCACCCACUCCCAUCAUGCCUCGUGUCCCCAGCCUCAGCUCCAGAAGUUGCUCAACCCUGGGUGUCCCAGGGAUUCCGAGCCUUAGUCACUGCCAAGAGGGGAGGGGGAUCAGUGCAGAUCUCUUGAGAGUUGGGGGCCACGACCCCCGUGACCCCUGACACCAUCCACUGUCAGGUGCCUGUGCUCCUGGGAGAAGGGAGUGAUGAUGUCAUUGCGCACGCAGCCCCGCCCCCCCAUCCGGUGGGGGGGAGCACGCAGGAAUUGUGGGAAUUCCAGCGGGGGCGGGGAGACAAGGUGAGCGACGGGUUCCCCUGCCGCAGUGAUGUCAUAGCUAGGGCCCCCCCCUUACGGGUCUGCACCCCGCCCACGCAGGACCCCCGUGGCCGAUCCUAUCCAGGCAUGGUCGGCCUGGGGCUGCUGCUGAAGUUGGCACCCCUGGCCUGCGUGGUUUCUCAGGAAAUUCGGGAUCAACCUACCCCAGGACCCAGCAAUAC